AGAUCCUUAUCUCGCCUUAUCUAAUAUUUCUGUCACAGUUUUAUCAUUAUUAGUAUUUAAGAAAUUUGACUUUAAGUAUACUGAAGUUUGACUGUAUCUGCAUGAAAAUACCAGGAAAAUAAGUCUUUGCAUGUGUUGCCAUAGACUCUGCUGUGUCCUGCUUUGUGCCCUGUCAUGGAAAAGUGUCAUCUGAAAACAUGUUUGUGUAACUUCACAGUACAUUAUUAGGUUCCAAUCAUUGACAAAAACUAGCUGAUUUUUAAACAGCUCAUGGCACAGUUCACAAAUGUGUCAUCAAAUGCAUGAAAUAUUUACCUUUGCAAGUGCACUCUUAUAAUGAGAGGCCCAUGUGAUGAGCAAACUAUGCUGGAUUAAUAAGAAAAAGAGUCAAUGAGUUCACGGCAGGUCAGUGGAGCAGCUCUACCUAGACUCUAACCUUUCUUAUCAAAGUCCGUGUGAUUAGCAGGCAUAGAGACACUUGUCUGCACACCUCAGGUCAGCACGCUCAGUGUUAUAUCCUCCACUCUCACAACCAGACCUCUCUGAAGAACCAUGGCUGAUGAGAAGAUGGAGAUGGAGAUGGGGGAAGUCGGAGCGUCUCUCAUGUCUUCUGAUUCAAAGCCACCUCCGGCUAGACCUCCUAACAAAUUUGAGAGGAUAUUUCAGCCCUGUCUGGCUGAGCUGGUGGGAACUACUUUCUUUGUGUUUAUCGGGUGCGUGUCGGUCAUCGAGAACGUGGAGUCUACAGGGAGGCUUCAGCCAGCUCUGGUGCACGGCCUGGCUAUAGCCGUCAUGGUGGCUUGCAUGGCUGAGAUCAGUGGUUCCCAUUUCAACCCCCCAUUCACCUUGGCCAUCUAUCUAUGUGGGGGGAUGGAGCUGAAUAUGGUGGCCCCAUAUCUUGCAUGUCAGCUGGUCGGAGGCGUGCUUGGAGCUGCAAUGGCGAAGGGGAUGACCUCGAGAGAGAACUUCGCCAAAGCCCACGGGGCUGCGUUCGCUCUGCUGCAGUCAGACAGCGAAAUAGGAGGAGCUGUGUUCGGAGAGGUCGCCAUGACCUGCCUGGUCACCAUGGUGGUGCUGCUAGGGGCCGUCAACGCCAAGACCAGAAGUCCCAUGGUGCCAUUCCUGGUGGGAUGCACUGUUAUCAUCAACAUCUUGGCCGGUGGAGAUGUAUCUGGCACCUGUCUGAACCCAGCCAGAGCCUUCGGUCCAGCCAUAGUGAGCAACUACUGGGUUUAUCACUGGGUCUACUGGGUUGGACCCAUCGCUGGAGGCCUAAUAGCUGCUGUACUGGUUCGACUCCUCCUUGGAGACAGGAAGAUUCGACUCAUUCUGAAAUGAGGUCAUGAGUACAUGAACCCAAGCGGGAUAAAUCACGAGAUGGCUUUAUCAUCUACAGUACAGUUACAAUAUAACCCGCUUCUUUUGUUCCACUGAGAUGUUUGUGUAUCAUUAUGCUUUCUUUGCUAUACAAUAAAAUUGGACUUUUUUCACAUAA